AAGCUACUGCGCUUUGCUUCCUUGCUCAAUUUUCUUCUGUGGCUCUCUUGGUGUAGGGGCUUCUCAGUUUUUGUCUUAUACUUCCUGCAUAAUUCGCCUGUUAUGAACCGUCUUCUCUCGAUAAUCUACAAGAAUUAAAAUACAAUAGUUGUUUUUUCGCUUGUUAACCGUAGUGCCCACAGGUGCUUGUCAAGUCGUUUUGACUCAUAAAUCGUUUGCUGUAUACUGAAGAUCGGCAAACAUGAUGGCGUCCAGUUACAGUGCAAAAGAGGAAGAUGGGGUAGCGGGGACUAGCAAUUCUUCAGCAACGAAAAGCAAAAAACCAGAUAACACUGCCUUCAAACAACAACGUCUCCCUGCCUGGCAGCCCAUACUCACUGCCGGCACCGUGCUGCCCGCCUUCUUCGUAAUCGGACUCAUAUUUAUCCCUAUCGGAAUUGGAUUGUUUGUUACUUCAAAUAACAUCAAAGAAAUUGAGAUUGAUUAUACUGGCACUGAUUCAUCUGAACCUUGUUACAACUGCUCUAUCAGAGAGAACUGGAACAGCACAAUUCCGUGCACUUGUGAGGUCUCUUUCAAUCUGGAGGAGCCCUUUGAGAGCAAUGUUUUUAUGUACUACGGACUUUCUAACUUCUAUCAGAACCACCGACGUUAUGUGAAAUCCAGGGAUGAUAGUCAGCUAAAUGGUGACAUUUCUUCUCUUACUAACCCUAGCAAAGAGUGUGAGCCAUACCGUGAAAGUGAGAAAAAACCGAUAGCUCCUUGUGGAGCCAUAGCCAACAGCCUGUUUAAUGAUACAUUGAAGUUGUUUUUUAUUUUUCCCAAUGGAUCAAAGUCUGAAAUACCUUUGAUCAAGAAGGGAAUUGCUUGGUGGACAGACAAAAAUGUUAAAUUUAGAAAUCCAGGUGGAAACAGCAAUUUAACCGCUGUUUUUUCAGGUACUAUCAAACCUGUCAACUGGAAAAUACCUGUGUAUGAGCUGGAUACAGACCCAGAAAACAAUGGGUUUAUAAAUGAGGAUUUUAUAGUGUGGAUGCGUACUGCAGCCCUCCCAACAUUCCGUAAGCUUUACAGAUUGAUUGAGAGGAAGAAUUCAAUUGCUCCUGCUCUUGCACGGGGAAAUUACACACUGGAAAUUAUUUACAAUUACCCCGUAGACAAAUUUGAAGGACGUAAAAGAAUGAUCCUAAGCACAAUUUCUUGGAUGGGUGGCAAGAAUCCAUUUUUGGGCAUUGCCUAUAUCACCGUUGGCUCUGUGUGUUUCUUCCUGGGUGUUGUCUUGCUCAUCAUCCAUCACAAGUAUGGAAAUCGCAACAACAGUGCAGACAUCCCUAACUAAAUACAAAGUGGUCCUGCCUAAGAAAUCUACUCUGCAUGUGCAAUACCAGAAAUGCCAGAUUUGACCACUAGAUUGUAAACCAUAGAGGAUCAAGUUCUUCAAAAUGUUUGUUUUUGGUUAUUCUUCAAUAUUUUAGCUUGUAUUUGAGAUGGACCAGUUCAUAGCAUGCUAAGUUUGAACUGUUAGGUUCAAAUCACUCUCAUCACUGUCUAUGUUUCAUUUUGAACUCAAUAUUAUCGUCUGUUCAGUUGGGCAUACCUUUUACGUCAAUGCAGCGUAGAGCCUCUACUUUAAAUGUCAAAAUGAUCUUCUCUUUGGUCUAUCUCAGAUGAAGCUUUUAAACAACAUUUACAAAGUACUGGGAAGGGCUUCUAUACUGGGCUUGCAGAGAACAGCUUGUGUCAUCAAUUAUGUGAAUAUAAAUAUUUUAAUGCCAUUCCAAGAAAAUGGUAUGCUUUCCCAAAGCUUUAAAGCUAAUUUAUUAGGUUCCUAUUAAGUGAAUGUAUGGGCUUCUCUCAUUAGGUGUAAUUUUUGUUUCUUUGGGUGAAAAAAAAAAAAAAUCUUUACCUCAAGUUUUUGUUCUUGCAUUGAGUCUUGAUGUGAUGUGUACUGUAUAGUAAAACCAGGAGCAAAAGUGCAACACCAGACAGGUAAGAAUCCUUCCUUCUGAAUUUUUACAUAUAGAUUUUAUUUUGUGUUUUUAAGAGGUCAUAGUAACUGGAGAGAAGGAUGUACUGAUAUUGAAUUUACAGAUGUGCAGGCUUCUGUUGAGUUUAUGUUGUGAUUUUUUUUUUUUUUUUUACCUUUUUAUCUUCUUUUAGGAAGUUUUACUAUGUUAUAUAUUUUCACCUGUUAUAAAAUUAUCUGAAACUGUAGGUUUUUUUUUUGUUUGUGAGCAAAGAAAAAACAAUUUAGGGACCAAUAUUACCAUUGUUUUUGUCUGACAGUAGGUUUCUUGUAUGCUCUCCAAAUUAUAUUUACCUGAAGCAUGAAAAGAAUAGGUAAACUGCCAAGUGCAUUCACAACAUUUAUUCCUCGGCCAAGUUUUGCACUUUAAGUAUGCAAUUUAUUUAUUAAUAUUACAAAAUGUUCUACUCUAAAUCUAAAAGUCAUUGGUUAGUCCUGUAUAGCUAGUUAUUAAAUAAUUUAUGAAUCAUGUAUUUGAAAUUUAUCUUGGAGAUUUCUUGGUUGCCAUAAUAAUAAAAUUUGAAAAAAUA